GAGGCGAGGCGAGGGGGCCUCGGCGUCGUCGGCGUCUUCCGGCCUGCGCCUCGAAGCCCGUCGGGCGCGGGAAGGGCGCCGAGCCUCGUGGGCUUCGAGGGGCUCGGAGAGCUCUGGAGUUGAGGCCUUGGUCUGAGGCAGGAGUCCCGAGGUCACAGAGCAGAGGAGGCGCGGCCGCGUGCCAGUCGGUUGUCCAGGCGAGGGUCUCGCGACCAUCAUGCCCCUGGGUGAGAGGGGUGCGCUCUGCAAGCUUAAGGAGGAGCCAAGAGAGGUCCCGCUGCCAUGGGAUGCACCGCUGCCAGAGCCUGAGGACAAGGAGGUGGAGUUGAAGAAGGAGGAGGUGGAGGAGGUGGAGGAGGAGGUGGAGUUGGAGGUGGAGUUGGAGGUGGAGGAGGUGGAGUUGAAGAAGGAGGAGGUGGAGGAGGUGGAGGAGGAGGUGGAGGAGGUGGAGGAGGUGGAGUUGAAGGUGGAGGAGGAGGACGUGGAGUCGGAGGAAGAGGAGUUGGAGGAGGAGGAGUUGGAGGUGGAGUUGGAGGUGGAGGUGGAGGUGGAGGAGGUAGAGUCGGAGGAAGAAGAGGAGGAGGAGGAGGAGGAGGAGGAGGAGGGAGACGGGCCCCGCCCCUCCUACUCCUCUGCUUUCUCCUCCUCCAACUCCACCUCCUCCUCUAACUCCACCUCCUCCUCCAUCUCCUCUUCCUCCGUGUCCUCCUCCUGCUCUGUCCUCAUUCUGGUCCCCCUGGAGGAGGGAUCUGCUGCUGCCCGGUCCCCGAGUCCUCCCCAGAGCCCUCGGAGCACCUGCCCCUCCCCCAGUGCCAUGGCAGGCGCUCCGGGGAGCCAGUCCCACCAGGGCUCCAGCAGCCCCGAUGAGGAGGGGUCGAGCACCUGGGGGGCCCCGGCGGGGGCCCAGGCCUCGCUCCCAGAUGCGCUCCGCGUGAAGGUGGCCGGCCUGGUGCUGCUGCUGCUCCUCAAGUAUCGCACCAAGCAGCCGACCACACGGGCGGAGAUGCUGGCGGCGGUCAGCCGAGAUGACCGGGACCGCUUCCCCGUGAUCUUCCGCCGAGCCUGCGAGUAUCUGCAGCUGGUCUUUGGAGUCGACGUGAAGGAAGUGGACCCCCGCGAGCACUCCUACGUCCUGGUCAGCAUCCUGGGCCUCAGCUGCGAUGGGACGCCGAGUGGUAGGGACGGCAUGCCCAAGACCAGCCUCCUGGUGCUGGUCCUGUGGGUGAUCCUCCUGGAGGACGACCGUGCCCCUGAGGAGGCGGUGUGGGAAGCGCUGGGGGUCAUGGGGGUGUAUGCCGGCAGGGAGCACGUAUUCUAUGGGGAGCCCAGGGAGCUGCUGACCGAAGUCUGGGUGCAGGAAGGGUACCUGGAGUACCGGCAGGUGCCCGGCAGCGAGCCCGCACGCUACGAGUUCCUGUGGGGUCCCAGGGCCCACGCAGAAACCAGCGGCGUGCAGGUGCUGCAGCACAUCCUCGCGGUCAACAGCAGGCAGCCGGGGUCUCCGUGUCUGUCCGAAGAGGCUGUGAGCCAUGAGGAAGAGCGGGCCUGAGCCCGAGGGGCAGCCGGGCCCGUUCCCGCCUGGGGUCGAGCAGCUUCUCCUGCGGGGCACGAAGCCAGGCCACUUCUCGCCUGCGAGUGCGAGCAGAGCGGGCGCUGGGCGUUAAGGUUUCGUGAGCUUCGGGCUCAGCGUGGGAGUGGCACCCACGCCGCAGGUGUUCGAGAGUCAGAGUUUUGCCGUUUGGUGCAACGAGCUGGGAACCCUUCCGUCCUCGUUCGGGAUCCAGAAGGGAAUCGCGGUGCCUGGGCUGGGCACAGACAGGGAUGUCUUGCAAACGUGAAGACCUUGGCAGUAAACGGAUGGUUUCAGGCCAUGGAGAAGUAAAAGAUGUUCGUUCUU